ACACAGAGGUAACUCAAACACUUGCCGCCCUCUCCGAAGAAGGAGGCCCCUGCCCACUGCUGUCCGAGCGGGUAAUGCAGCAAGGCUCUUACUUCCUGGGCCUCUCUCACUCUGGCUGCAUUACGACGAAAUGAGUGGAUUGAUUUUGCUUUUUCUUUUUCAGAUGCCCAUUGAUCAUGACGACCAUCCGACUUCGAGAAUUUGUAGAGCGUCGCCCAUCAGUUCCACCUAGGCUAUAUAUCACUCACCAAGGAAGGGACAUCAAAGGCUAUUACCCUGGACAACUGGCAAGACUCCAUUUUGAACCCAGUGUGAGGAAGGAUCCAAGACCCCUCAUAGACUUGGCAAUUCCACUCAAGAGCAAAGUUUCGUAUCAGCCUCAAUUAGACCAGCAAACGCUCUUUCGAUACAUUUGUUUUAGAAGAUUGUCAAGGCCUACAGACUUGUGGCAUAAUGAAACAAGUUACCAAAGAGACUACUCCCUGCCAUUUUAUGAGAUUGGUUGGGAUCGGAAAUUAGGCACGAUCUCAUCGCAUCCUAGACCAGUUAACUCAGUACCAGAAGUCUUCUGUUGCGGUGGUGAGAGAAGCAGCUUUGCAAGAGGCACUUUUUAAAACUAAAGGCAAAUUGUUUGGGAAAUCAAGAUCCAACCUUGAGAACAUAACAUCUGUUGCAGGGGAUGGCUGUGCUGUGCAGUACAGUGCUUGCUUGUAAUGCCAACCACAUAAACAGGAAAAUAAAAAUGGUGUCAAUGUCA